AUGAGGGCGCACGAGUGUGCAGUGUGCUCGAACCAGACGGUCAAGAAGUGCGCGGCGUGCGAGUCGGUGUUCUUUUGCUCGCCGGCGUGCCAGAAGGCGGUCUGGUCGACGCACAAGUGGGCCUGCGGCAAGGGCUUCCACACGUUCUCGCAGGCGCCGCUCUCGCACGACGAGGUCGAGCUCCUCCACAAACUCGACAAGAUGGAAUCGGGCCGCACCAACAGCCCGUGCAACUGGCACUUCUUCCUCAAGCGGGACAAGCUCUCGCGCCGAGGCGUCAACGACCUGCUUCGCGCGCUCCAGGACCCCGAGUGCCGUAUUCCCGAGCCGAGCAGGACGCUCAUCCUCUCGGACCUUCGCGGCAACAUGUUCCGCGCCGCGUGCGACGAGGGCCUCGUCGACAAGUUCGAGGUCACGCCCUGGGUCCUCGUCGGGCGCAUGUACCGCGAGCUCUGGCGCAACAACGGCGUCAAGUUUGGGUCGAACAAGGGCAUGGCGCAGCUUGUCGGUCCGACCCUGAACCAGUACCUGCUCCUCGAGACGCUGCGCGACAGACGAUCCUCGGCCAAAGGAAUGCCCGAGGGCGUUCCCGACGACGUCGAGGCGCUCGCCCUGCAGCGCACGUCAUCCUCUCUCGAGGAGCUCGUCAAGAACGUCGUCGAGGUCUCUCGUGGGGUGCAAGGGCGCGAGCUCGAUGGCCAAGGGCGAGACGCGGUCACGGACGCCGUCCUCCGCAUCCUCGACAAGUGCGAGAAGACCCGCACGACGCAGCCAGGCAGGCGCAUGUACUGCUUGAACGGGCUGAGCGAGAUCGUGAGCAUCGUCAGGAUGUCGUGACGCGAGGUCGGGCGACUUGAGAAGGUCAGAAGGAGCGCGAGGAUUGGCGAGCGUAGCGUCGUGACGAGCGAGUGCAACGCUGCGAGACUGCCCGAG